GCAAGCCCUCAGCCCUCCACGUCCCGUCCUCGCUUCCACCUUAUUCUCUAUGGCCAUCCUCCUUCCUCCACCGCCAAUCCCGUGGCGAUCUCUUUCGGCCAUCCACCGCACCCGAUCCUUCCACCUCCUUUCCCGAGAGGCUCUUCCCCCGCGAGAUUUGCACUACCGCGUCGGUGCCACCGCCGCCACAGCACCCGUGGCAGCAGCUUGCCAUGGCGCUGCCGGCCCCCUCCGCCCCGCCGCAGGUCACCGCAAGACGGCGCUGCGGAGUGCCUGGGGUGCGCACGGGUUGUUUUGGCGACCCCGAGAUGAAGCGGCGGCGGCGGGUGGCGGGCUACAAGGCGUACGCGGUGGGGGGCAAGGUGAAGGCGUCCCUCCGCCGGGGCCUCAGGUGGUUCAAGCGCAAAUGCUCCCGCAUCUUGAAUAUCUGACCACCGUGCGGCGGCGCGCGGCGGCGUUCUCCCACUCUUCUUGGACCGCAAGGCCGCUCUUUUACCGCAACAAUUAUGGCAUGCACUCGGCGGUGCAUUGCCAAUUUAUGCAUUGAUCAAGAAUUCGCGUGAUUGAAUGUACCUCUCUGUUCGGAAAGAUCUUGUUUGUGCUUCCAAGAUUUUUAUUUCCAGAGGCUGCAGAUUUCAACGGUUAUCAAUAAUCCUUGUUUCCAGACUACAUGCUUCCUAGUCUUCUAGAAUGCGUACCAUUUCGGUCAUUGAAGUUCAUAAUUCAAACGCUUGCCCUCAUUGAAUUUGUAAUCACAAUCAACAGUUG